ACGGCAUUUUUGUCAGUCAUCAGAUCAGAACCAUAUUUUAUGAUUUUUUCCUGUAGAUUCUCGUGCUGCUUCGGAACCCCAAAGACACAGCUGUCUCCUAUUACCACUUCUACAACAACAUGCCAGUGCUGCCAUCCUUUGCCUCCUGGGAUGAGUACUUUGCAGCCUUCAUGAACGGGAAAUUGACCUGGGGAUCCUAUUUUGACCAUUUAGUGGAAUGGAACAAAUACAUCGACCACGAGAGGAUCAUGAUGAUAAGCUAUGAGGAACUCAAAGAGGACCAGGUACUGGGAAUGAAAAAGAUUGCUGCCUUCUUUGGAUUCUCCCUGUGUGAGGAAGAUAUUUCCAGAAUUGCCAAGAAGACUAGUUUCCAGGCCAUGAAAGAAAAAUCCAAGGAAACCCAUGGAAAGUUUGGGGACAUCCUCUUCCGCAAGGGGAUUGUUGGAAACUGGAAAGACCUCUUCUCUAAAGCUCAGAAUGAAGAAAUGGAUGAAAAAUUUGAAGACUGCCUAGGAGGAACGAAGCUGGCAGCAAAGAUGAAUUAUGAUGUGUACUGCAAGGCCUGA